GAAAUCGACUUCGUCCCUCCGCACCACCACUACGAAGUAAGCAGCAACGACGCGGACAGCGAGGAGUCGAGCAGCGAAUCCAGCGACGAAGAGCCAUCGUUCGUGUGCGACAGCGACCGUGAUAGCGACGACGAAAACAUCGACGGCGGAAGUGGCAGCGAGCUUCCCGACGCAGGCCACCCCGCAUACCCUGUUCCUUGGGACGACGACAAACUGGCCGCAAUCGCCCGCGGCGGUGACGAGACGGUCACGGUCACCAUGACCAAGACAACCGACCCGGCGGGUGUCGAGCGCUCCCGCCCGCUGUACUACCGCCUCAACACCCCGAAGAAGAGGGUCGCUUAUUUCUACGACUCCGACAUUGGCAACUAUGCCUACGUGACCGGCCACCCGAUGAAGCCGCACCGUAUUCGCCUGGCCCACAGCCUGGUGAUGAACUACGACAUCUACCGGUUUAUGGAGAUCUACCGCGCGAAGCCGGCUGUGACGUCCGAGAUGACGCAGUUUCACACCGACGAGUACAUCGAGUUCCUCCAGAAGGUCACGCCUGACAACAUGGACUCCUUUAUGAGAGAGCAGACCAAGUACAAUGUCGGCGAUGACUGCCCAGUCUUUGACGGCCUCUUCGAGUUCUGCGGCAUCAGCGCAGGCGGCAGCAUGGAGGGUGCGGCCCGCCUCAACCGCGAGAAGUGCGACAUUGCGAUCAAUUGGGCGGGUGGUCUUCACCACGCGAAGAAGAGCGAGGCUAGCGGUUUUUGCUACGUCAAUGACAUCGUUCUUGCCAUUCUCGAGUUGCUCCGAUUCAAGAAGCGCGUUCUCUACGUCGACAUUGACGUCCACCACGGCGAUGGCGUCGAGGAGGCCUUCUACACCACCGAUCGCGUCAUGACCGUUUCGUUCCACAAGUACGGAGAGUACUUCCCCGGCACCGGCGAGCUUCGCGACAUCGGCAUCGGCAACGGCAAGUACUAUGCCGUGAACUUCCCGCUCCGCGACGGCAUCGACGAUGUCUCGUACGAGACCAUUUUUGAGCCCGUCAUCGAGGCCGUCAUGAAGUACUAUCAGCCGGAGGCCGUUGUUCUCCAGUGCGGUGGCGAUAGCCUCUCCGGCGACCGCUUGGGUUGCUUCAACCUCAGCAUGCGCGGUCACGCAAACUGCGUCAAUUACGUGCGCUCUUUCGGUCUGCCCACUCUUGUGCUUGGCGGCGGUGGCUACACGAUGCGCAACGUUGCCCGCACGUGGGCCUACGAAACCGGCCGCCUCAUCGGCGUCGAGAUGGACUCAGUCCUGCCGUACAAUGAGUACUACGAAUAUUAUGGUCCCGACUACGAGCUUGAUGUGCGCGCCUCCAACAUGGAGAACGCGAACAGCUACGAGUACCUCGAGAAGAUCAAGGCCGCAGUCAUCGAGAACCUGAAGCGGACCGCUCACGCCCCCUCCGUGCAGAUGCAAGACGUUCCUCGCCAGGGUCUGGGCACCUCUGACGAACAGGAUGCCGAGAUGGAUGACCGCGAUGAGGACGAGAACAAGGACGUCCGCGUGACGCAGCGUCAGUGGGAGAAGCGCGUUGAGCGCGAAGACGAAUUCGAGGACUCUGACGAUGAGAAUCUCGCCCGCGUCAAUGGCUCCUACAAGGCCAUCGGCCGUUCCCGUCAGGAGACCAACUUCCGCAACGCCAAGAAGGACGAUGAUGCAAUGGACAUCGACACCGGCGUUGCUUCCCACGGCGAGCCUGCCACCGAGGCGGCUGCCAAUAACGACGACACCAUGAUCGACGAGGCCUUGGCCGAAGUUCUCGCCGAGACCGAGAAGGCUGACGCCGAGAAGCCUGCCGCGAAGGAGCAGGCCCCCGACGGCGAGAAUGCCAAGGUCGACGGCGACGGGGACGUUGAUAUGGCCGAGCCCUCCGCCGCCGACGAGAAGCCCACCGACGCGACCAUUAAGAAGGAAGAAGUCGAGGGCAUCUCGGCUGCCGCGGCGGCGCCCACCAAGACCCCGCCGGCCGACGAGGCCGACGCGACUGCGGGCGGCGACGCCAAGGCCGCUGCUGCGAAGCAGCGGGCUUCUCCUUCCCCUGUCGCCGGCGGCGCUGAUGCCAAGCCGGCCGAGGCGGUUGCUUCCGCCGAGCCGGCGGAGAAGGCGCCCGACGCCGCCAGCCCUCGGGCCGGCGACGAACAGGCCAAGGCCUAAGUUGGCCUUGUUUCAUCAAGCCUGUGGCUUGAUGACCAGCCCCGGUGCGCGGCUUGCGACCGGUGUGUAAAAAACAGCGUUAUGUAAAGUGGUUUUUGCGACGGCGUUCAGGAGAGCACGGGCCCGGACGGGAAUGGCGGCUUGGGCGGGCUUGCGGAUUGGAGUUUAUGGAUUCGGCCGGCUGCCUUAGUUUAUGCGCCCGCCAUUUCGCUGCGUGCUUUUGCUUGCCGCAGAGGGUUGGGCAAUUUUUUUAUGGCUCACGGGUUCCGAGGAUUGCGCCUGCGAGGUUUUUUUUCAUCCUCGAUACAGCAAGGUCGCAUUAUACCACUACAAUGGGAAAUGGGCUUUUUUCAUGGU